AUGGCUGAAGAGAAUUUUACAGUUGUUACUGAGUUUAUUCUCUUGGGAUUGACAGAUCGUGCUGAACUGAAAGUUGUGCUUUUUGUACUGUUUCUGGUGAUUUAUGCCAUUACCAUGAUGGGGAAUCUGGGCAUGAUCAUCUUGAUCCAAAUAACCCCCAAACUCCACACUCCCAUGUACUUUUUCCUCAGGUGGCUUUCAUUUGUAGAUGCCUGCUAUUCAACGGCUAUUGCACCCAAAAUGAUAGUGAACCUCCUAGCUGUUAAGGGAACCAUUUCCUUCUCUGCUUGUAUGGUACAGCAUUUGUGUUUGGCAAUGUUUGCCACCACAGAAGUUUUCUUGCUGUCAGCAAUGGCGUAUGAUCGUUAUGUGGCUAUUGUGAAUCCUUUGCUUUAUGCUGUAGCCAUGUCUAAGAGAAAGUGUGUAGGGCUGGUCACGGGGUCGUGGAUAUGUGGCAUAAUUAAUGCAUUGACACACACUAUAAGCUUAGGAAGACUGUCCUUUUGUGAUUCCAAUGUUGUCAGCCACUUCUUCUGUGAAAUUCCCUCCCUGCUAAAGCUGUCAUGUUCUGAUACCUCCAUGAAUGAAUUGCUGCUGGUAAUCUUGUCUGGAGCUAUUGCCAUGGUCACCUUCUCAAUUGUGAUCAUUUCCUAUGUAUUUAUUGUUGUUGCUAUCCUGAGGAUCCGUUCAGCAGCAGGUAGAAAGAGAGCCUUCUCCACCUGUGCCUCUCACAUGACUGCUGUGACCAUACUAUAUGGUUCUGUAAGUUUCAACUACAUUCAACCAAGCUCACAGUUUUCUGUAGAACAGGAGAAGGUGGUGUCUGUGUUCUAUACCCUAGUGAUUCCCAUGUUAAACCCACUGAUUUACAGUCUGAGAAACAAGGAGGUGAAAGAUGCUGUGAAAAGGACCUUAGGAAUGAAACAUUUCCCCUGUUAA